CGGGACGCGGCGUUCAUAUCUGCUUCCGAACACCCAAAUAGAUUUUCCAGAUGAGUGCACCACGGUUGUUCACGUUUUCCCUGCAUAUCCCGGGCGUGCCACCUCCAAGCGAGGUUUUACAUCCUGAAGAUGGGUCGUCCACUCCCUUGCACAGCCUCAUGAAGGAGACGACGGCCAAAAACAUCUACAGUUCGAUAUGCAUUCCUAUUGCGAAUGACAUAUGGAAACAUCGUUGGAAGGAAAUGUGUCUUGUUGAGCAUGGAAUGAGCUCGGAAGGUAGGAAGGACUCGGAGCUUCAGCGAGUUGCGGAAAAAUGGCGCGCCGGCCAUUCAGGAGGAUUCCGGAAGAACGAAGUGAACAUAACGCGUCUUGAGGAAGCUGAAGGAACCAUUGGGAUGGCUGCGGAUUGGCUGGAGCUUGACUCUCCCGAUGCAUGGGUGCGCUACGAUUCAGAAUUAGCGUUAAAGCAAGAGAUUUCCCAGGCAUCAUAUUUGGGGAUUCAUACAGUCAUCUUGCCACCGCCAAGGAAUCGAGCUCACGUCACUGACUACGCUCGUGCAGUAAAUGCUUGUUUGAUCGCAGCUACAGGAGGGAGUCUUUACACCCACUUAUCCAUUCGUAUACCCGUAUAUGUCCCGUCGAUCACCCCUCUUGGAAAUAAUUCUCCCUGUUUGCAAGCUACCUCGCUUCCCUCCGCUAGUUCGUUGAAUUCAUUCGGAUCUAUACCUGGUCCUUCAAUUCCAGACGCGGAUCUAAAUGCUACAUGGGAGAUGUGGGAUACAAUAAGAACCAUCUGUGACUACAGCCCAAGACUAUCGCUGACUCUAGAUCUUACUGCUCCUCUCCCAGCGUCCGCUGAACCAUGGAUGGGGAGAUGGUCUGCAGAACCAGCGCGCUUCAUUUUUCUUCCGGCCUCGACGUUUGUUCCCAAUUCCACCGGGUAUCCUGUCCUGACUAAACCGACGCAGGAAUUCUUCAGGAGUAUGGCUUCUCACCGACCGACUGUCAUCCUUUCUAACACAACGGCGUCUCUUCACGUUAAGGGGGGCCCGCAGGCGUACCCUCAGUACAUUCGGCAUCUUGAGAAAUCAAGCUCAAUGUAUAAAGCAUUGGAGAGUCCAGACAGUGUGGAGUCUUUUGCUCAAGGCUAUCAGGACUACUUACAGGCGCCUCUGCAGCCUCUCAUGGAUAAUCUACAAUCAUUCACCUAUGAGACUUUUGAGAAGGAUCCUGUCAAAUAUCGCCAGUAUGAAGAGGCUGUUUACCAGGCGCUUAUCGAUCGUCCGGAGGAUUCGCUCAUAGUCAUUUGUGUGGCAGGAGCAGGACGCGGAGGCAUUGUUUCUAGAUGCCUGGAGGCGAUCAAGCGAUCGGGGCGGAAUUGUCGUCUAUACGCUCUUGAGAAGAAUCCCGCCGCGUCCAUAACUCUGCAGGAGAGAAAGGAUGAGGAGUGGGGGGAUGCUGUUUCUCUAGUUUUUGGGGAUAUGAGAACGGUUCAGCUUCCAGAACCCGUAGAUAUACUCGUCAGCGAGUUGCUUGGUUCUUUUGGAGAUAACGAACUGAGUCCCGAGUGCUUGGACGGCGCUAUGCGCUUUCUGAAAUCGGAUGGCAUUUCCAUCCCAGCCUCUUAUUCGUCUUUCCUCGCGCCCAUCUCAUCAUCCAAGUUAUGGAAUGAUGUUGCCGGCGUCGGAAAAGAUCGCAAGAUCGCGGAGACUCCUUACGUUGUCAUGUUCCAGUCCGUGAACAUUCUUAGUGGAGGGACCCAGAGCGAGAAGUUUCAGGAAGCUUGGGAAUUUGUCCAUCCCAGAAGUGAUGUGCUCACAGAUGCGAUCGGGUUGCCGGUCACGAAUACACAUAAUGUCCGCUCCGCGCACCUCACUUUCCAUAUUCCCUACGCUGGCAUAUUGCACGGGUUAGCUGGGUACUUCGAGACAGUGCUAUAUGACGAAGUGUGCCUAAGCAUUCACCCGGAACGAAUGGAGACCAUCUGUCCAAACAUGCUAAGCUGGUUUCCGAUGUUUUUUCCAUUCAAAGAGCCUCUUUACCUGCCUGAUAACUCGGAACUGGAAGUUUCCAUCUGGAGGCUGACAACUAAACAAAAAGUAUGGUACGAAUGGUCAGCAGAGGCAUUCCUUAACAUUCUAUCUGGGAAUGGCGUGAAUCGGCGUCUGUCGACGCCAUUGAGCUCCCCUAUUCGAACGUCACCAUCAGUAAACUCAUCUCUACACGGGGUGGAUGCGGCGGAUUCUGAUGAGGCGAGGUCUGUGCUAAGGGUAAAAAUUGGUCAGACAACAUUGCACAAUGCUGGGGGGCAGAGCAGUUGGGUGGGGCUCUGAGUGAGGAUGGGAACACCUCUGCUGUAUGUAAACGUGUAGUUUUGGUGCUUGAUCUCUGGAUCUAUUGACAUGCAUGAAUACGAAAGAAGCGGGAUGGGAGCU